GAUGCCGGAAAAGGCGGGGUGGCCUCGGCGUCGCGUUCCGUCUGCGGACUGGGUGCCUUCUUCGGGACCCCGCUGUCGUCCCUGUUGUGCGGGGUCGGAGUUCGGGUUCGUCUGCUCGAGGGCAUGGUUUCUCUUUAGCAAGUCACAGGCUCGGCCGCCAUGAAGGUGAAGAUUAAGUGCUGGAACGGUGUGGCCACUUGGCUCUGGGUAGCCAAUGAUGAGAACUGCGGCAUCUGCAGGAUGGCGUUUAAUGGCUGCUGUCCAGACUGUAAGGUGCCUGGGGACGACUGCCCUCUGGUGUGGGGGCAGUGUUCGCACUGCUUCCACAUGCACUGCAUCCUCAAGUGGCUGAACGCGCAGCAGGUGCAGCAGCACUGCCCCAUGUGUCGCCAAGAGUGGAAGUUCAAGGAGUGAGGCCUGUGUUCCCUCUGCCAGCGCUGGGCCAGGCUCCGCCUCUUCCCUCCCCUCCUCACAGUGGCACCGGGCCCUGGUUCUGCACUGGGGACAAGGAUGCCUUCCUUCUGGCUGAAACAAGGAGGUCUUUUUGUUUGUUCGUUUUUUUUCAUCGCAUCAUUGACAUUUUUAUUCAAUAAGUAAACUCAUUAAAGUCCCGAGCCUUGCUGGA